AUGGAGAAGGACUUCCCGGACACCCAGCAGCUGGACCCCGAGGAGAAUGACCACCAGCCGGGAGCGCCCCCUCCCCAGCCCUCGCUGCUGCGGAGGCUCAGCUCCAGCCUCUGGCUCAGCCUGCUGGUCCUGGGCUUCAACGUGCUGCUGCUCGUGGCCGUGGGCGUGAUCGGGUCCCAGAGAGCCCAGAUGCAGAGGGAGUUUUGGGCCCUAAAGGAUGCUUUCAGCAACUUCUCGGCCAGCACCCUCACGGAGCUGCGGACGCUCAGCUUCCACGGCGGCAGCACGAGUGACAAAGUGACAUCUCUGGAAGCCAAGCUGGAGAAGCAGCAGCUGGAGCUGAGAGCAGAUCACGCCACCCUGCUCUUCCACCUGAAGCACUUUCCCGCGGACGUGCGCAUCCUGUCCUGUCAGAUGGCCUUCCUGCGGAGCAACGGCACGGAGUGCUGCCCCAUCGGCUGGCUGGAGCACGCCGGCAGCUGCUACUGGUUUUCUCGCUCCGGAUCGAACUGGCCCGAGGCGCAGAAGUACUGCCAGCUGGAGAACGCCCACCUGGUGGCCAUCAACUCCAGAGAGGAGCAGAAAUUCGUCGCACAGCACUCGGGCCCCUUUUACACCUGGAUCGGUCUCACAGAUAGCGAUGGCUCCUGGAAGUGGGUGGACGGCACAGACUAUGACAAAAGCUACAAGAACUGGGCCUUCGGGGAGCCCAACGACUGGCAGGGGCACGAGGAGGGCGGAAGUGAAGACUGUGCAGCGGUCCGGGAGGACGGGCGCUGGAACGACGACUUCUGCCUGCAGCUGCACCGCUGGGCCUGCGAGAUGCCGCGCAACAGCACGGGCUAG